GCGGCGAUGGAGGGAGCCAACCACUCGGUGGUGUCUGAAUUUGUGUUCCUUGGACUCUCUAACUCGUGGGGGGUCCAGCUUCUACUCUUUCUCUUCUCCUCCAUGUUCUAUGUUGCAAGCUUGAUGGGGAACCUCCUCAUUGUGUUCUCUGUGACCCAUGACCCUCACUUGCACUCUCCCAUGUACUUCCUGCUGGCCAAUCUUUCCUUUCUUGAUCUGGGAGUUUGCUCGAUUGCAGCCCCCAAAAUGAUUUAUGACCUUUUCAGAAAGCACAAAGCAAUCUCCUUCGGGGGCUGUAUAACCCAGGUCUUCUUUAUUCACGCGAUUGGAGGCACAGAAAUGGUGUUGCUCAUCGCUAUGGCCUUUGACAGGUACAUUGCCAUCUGUAAGCCUCUCCACUACCUGACCAUCAUGAACCCACGGAGGUGCAUUGUGAUUUUGAUUACUGCCUGGAUUCUUGGCUUCAUCCACUCAGUGGCCCAGUUGGCUUUUGUUGUAGACUUGCCCUUUUGUGGCCCUAAUGUAUUGGACAGCUUUUACUGUGACCUACCUCAGCUCAUUAAACUUGCUUGCACAGAGACCAACAGACUUGAAUUCAUGGUCACAGCCAACAGUGGACUCAUCUCUGUGGGUUCCUUCUGUGCACUGAUCAUUUCUUACAUCUUCAUUUUGGCCACUGUUCGGAAACACUCUUCCAGUGGUUUAUCCAAGGCCCUCUCCACGCUGUCAGCUCAUGUCACUGUGGUGGUUCUAUUCUUUGGGCCUCUAAUCUUCUUCUACACCUGGCCCUUCCCCUCCUCGCACUUGGACAAGUUUUUUGCUAUCUUUGAUGCAGUUCUCACCCCUUUUCUGAAUCCAGUCAUCUACACAUUCAGGAACAAAGAAAUGAAGACUGCAAUGAGGAAACUUUGCCGUCAGCUUGUGACUUACAGGAAGUUACUCUAA